UUAUUUUCUUUUGUUAUUUAUGACAUAUAUAUGUACAACGUAUAAAAGAGUAAGAAGAGACAGGGAUAAGGUUUGGAAGGAUCAAAAUACAGUCAAAACACGAGAACCGUAAGAAUGGAUGACAAUACAAAGGAUACUCCGCUACUGACCGCUGAAAAUAUGAUAAUAAAGAGAAAAAAAGUAACAGUGAUUAUUUUUUCUGAGAAAGAAUCUUUAAUGCAAGGACAAUUAACUAUAAACUUAAAAAUUGAUAAGAGUACAGCAAUAUAGCGAUAAAAUAUGUUGGCCGGCGGUAUGACGUCAGAAAUGGUGGGCCGUGUUUGCGGAGAAACUCGAGGAUUGGCUGUCAGGAGUGAUCGGUCCGGCGAAGGAGUAGGAGGUCCGGGUCGCCAUUUUGGCAGGUUGCGAGAGCCUUCUGUCGUCACCGUGAGCUGAGCUGUCGUCCACCCUGCUUAGCCGUAAACGCGUGCGAGAGAGCUGUUCGGCUCGAUCGAAUCGCGAUUUCGUAGACAGGCCGGUACCGGGAAUUACGAAAUCGAUAGAUCGAGAAGAACCGGCUGCGCGUCGUAUUUUUCAUUCGGUACUCGUUUAAUCGCUCGAUCGUUCGAGUGAGACAUUUCGUCAGUUACCGCGAGUGGUGUGCGUGUGACACGUUAAUCGUUAUCGACGAGUCGAGGAACGAUCGCUAGAAGUGUUAAUACGUUAGAAUCGGACGAUCGAAGAGUACAUCGAAGAGAGCUUGUAAAAAAUUCGAGUGUGACAGAAGCAGCGACAGUAUGGCGGGACAAACCAUCAACGACAGACUAUUGGCAGCGAGGCACAGUAUCGCCGGGCAGGGCCUUGCCAAAUCCGUGUGUAAAGCUACAACCGAGGAGAUGAUAGGUCCGAAAAAGAAACAUCUCGAAUAUUUGGUACGAUGCACGAACGAACCGAACGUGUCGGUACCUCAACUAGCGAAUUUGCUGAUAGAACGGUCACAGAACACGAACUGGACAGUGGUUUUCAAAGCUUUGAUCACGGUCCACCAUAUACUUUGUUAUGGCAACGAGAGGUUUACGCAGUACCUGGCGUCCAGCAACAGCACGUUUCAGCUCAGUAAUUUUCUCGAUAAAAGCGGCGUGCAAGGAGCACGCAUCGGUUAUGACAUGUCACCGUUUAUUCGAAGAUACGCGAAAUAUCUGAACGAGAAGGCUCUUUCCUACAGAACGGUAGCGUUUGAUUUCUGCAAAGUGAAAAGAGGAAAAGAUGAUCGCACUCUGCGCACAAUGAAUGCCGAGAAAUUAUUGAAAACCUUACCGGUUCUGCAGGCACAAUUGGACGCGUUACUCGAAUUCGACUGUACCGCUAAUGACCUUACAAACGGCGUUAUAAACAUGGCUUUCAUGCUCCUUUUUCGAGAUCUGAUUCGACUAUUCGCUUGCUACAACGAUGGCAUUAUUAAUUUACUAGAAAAAUAUUUUGAUAUGAAUAAAAAGCAAUGCCGCGAGGCUUUGGAUUUGUACAAAAAGUUCCUGAUACGAAUGGAUCGGGUCGGCGAAUUCCUGAAAGUUGCCGAGAAUGUCGGUAUCGAUAAGGGGGAUAUACCUGAUCUAACAAAGGCUCCGAGUAGCCUGUUGGAUGCGUUAGAGCAACACCUCGCUUCGUUAGAAGGAAAGAAGGGCUCCGCAGCGAACACUCCAACGCAGUCGGCAAGCAAUAGAACGAAUGUAAAGUCGGGAGUGUCCGCCCUGUCUUCCACCAGUACUGCGUUUGGAACAGCAGCGAGUAACAAUCGCCUCGACCAUGCCGGCAAUGGACAUAUCGAUGAAGCGUUGCGGCAGCAAGCUCUCGCGGAAGAGGAAGCUGCUAUGAAUCAAUACAAGGCAAAAGUGCAAUCUCCGUCGGGUGGUCCCAGUACGAAUCCAUUCCUCAGUUCACCGACGAAUAACGCUAACCAGCCGAUCGUAGAUCUGUUUGGUGCACCAUCGGCGACAGCCGAGAGUCAGUCGCAAAAAGCUUCGGACGAUCUGCUCCAGUUGGCAGGCAAUCCUUUCGCGGAUAUGUUUGGUGCGCCACAACCUGCAGCUGUCCCAACCACACAAGCGCAAAACAAUAUGUGGAUGACUAACGGUAACGGUUUUGCCGCAGUGCCUCCAGCAAAUAAUAACUUUGUUACAGAUAACAGUUUCUCUUCCGUAUUUGGCAAUCAAGACUCCCAAUCCGCAGGGCAACAGCAGAAUGCAGCAUCCACGGGGAAAGUUUUGACCGGAGAUUUAGAUAGCAGCCUUGCUAGCCUUGCCCAGAAUUUGACUAUCAAUAAAAGUGCGCAGCAGCAGGUGAAGGGUAUACAGUGGAAUUCGCCUAAAAACGCUGCGAAAACCAGAGGCCCAGCCGGUGGAUGGACACCGCAACCGAUGGCGGCAACAACCGGUGCUGGUUACCGCCCAAUGUUGUACAACGCAUGCAUGGCGUCUGGCAUGCUACCGGCUGUUGCAGGGUCAAGGAAUGACGCAACUUCCUCCGUCUACCUUGGGCUUCCCUCCCCACACCGCACCAUUGGAAUUCGGAUUGGAAUCGAGCGGACGAAGCACCAAUUCUGUAAAUAUCGUGUAAUAUGCCUAGAAAAUGUGCCCCGCUUAUUCUCGUUAUUCAGCGUCAUCCGCCAUGACCCGUCCCCGGAGAUUCGUCGAAAAGAAAGUAAUCUACCUGGAUCGACGGCGUCGACGAAUUCUCGUAAACAUAUUUCUACCGCUGAUCGAAUAUGAUCGAAUAUGAUCGAAUAUGAUCAAAUAUGAUCGAAUAUAAUCGCAUAUACGGGUUUUCUCAGUUUACGGCGGUUGCCUUACCGAGAUACGCGUGUAGUCUCAGUGUAUACAGUUCUACGAAGCGACUAUAAAUAGAGAGUUUAUAGACAAGUUACACAGAUGAGCCGUAUUGCGUUUAGAAUUCCAUGAACGCGUGGAUGCAACUAUUCCGUAAGAGUUGACUGUGAUAGUACUGCAUUGACACUGUAGCGUUUUCCAGUAAUUCUCGCCCGAAGAAUAUACUGGCUAAAUAUGACAGAAAUUGAAAUUGUAUGUGCGCGCACGUGUGCAUGUGUUCGUAUGCGUCAGUGAAGAGUCGUUACGUAGCAGAAGUAGAGAGUUUCAUAUAGUUCCACAAAAGCUUUAUUCUGGAAGAUGCAUCGAGUGAAGAAGUAUCGUCUCUCUGUGCUGAGAGAACACGUCAAUCGGUUUCGUCAUGAUUCUAAACGUACAUACGUCAAAAAAAUUAUAUAUAGUUGGCUGAUGCAUGAUGUAUCCAUAGUAAUGUAAUACAUAUUGAAUAUCACGUAUGCACGUGUACGUACGCGUCAUUUGUAUAUGUGUAUACGUGUAUUGUACCCAAAUCCGCACGAAGAAGACAACGUUAAAGAUUUAAAAAUACCUAAAUAUAUGUAUAUACGUAUAUAUUAUAUAUAAAUAUAUAUAUGUAUAUAUAUAUAUAUAUAAAUGUAUAUGUACAUGGCGAAAUACUAAAUAUGAUGGCGCACCCUUGUCGCUCUUCGUUUCAUUUUUCGUACUAUCUUCAUUUCGACUCAGGGCGCUGAAGCAGUUAUGAUGUAUCCGUUCUUAAAGUAUUAAAUACUGAAUAAUAAUUAUAUAUAUAUAUAUAUAUAUAUAUGUAUAUAUAUAUACAUCUAAAAAAAAAUGUAUAUAUAUAUAAAGAGAGAGGGAGAGAGAGAGAGUGAAAGCGAGUGAGCGAAACAGUGGAGUGAAUGUGCAGAGUGAAUUGUUAGGUGGCCCAGCUAAUGUUCUUUAUCCGUAUACCGUUCCGAACUGUCUUAAUUAGGUAAUUAAACGAACUAUGUACACAAAUUAAGGUUAUGAUACUCAUACGAUUAAUUAUGAAUGUAAUAUGUGAGUCUACGAUUCAGUAUGGUACUAUUAAUAUAGUCAAUAAUGACUGUUAUAAGGUCUAAUUCGGGAUUCGUUUUGUCCCUCGGCGUGUGCAGCUACCUCCACGAAUCUGCGCUAUAGAAUUACGAGGAACAUGUAUCUUUAUUUCCGUCUAGAGUUUGCCAAUCGAGAGGCUGCACGGAAUCUUAGGUGGACAAAUAAAAUGUACCAGAAUAUUUUAUUUUUCUCUCGACGAAACCAUGUCUGAUCACAAUUUCUUACGAUUGAUUUGGGCAGUGUAUCCGAAGUGAAAGAAAGGAUUUCGUGUACGUAAACGCCAGAGAAACUGAAAUAGGAGAACGAAAUAGAAACGAGGAAUGUUGAUGAAUCGCAAUUGCUCGUAGUUGCCAGUUAUUUCUUCAUCGUUUUCGUAUUUUCUCGUUACGAGUAUCUUUUUCAAAUUAUUUCCAGUAAUGUUUUAGGUAAUGCAGAAUUUUGAUAAAUCUUUGCAAAGUUUAAAGAAAACAUUCCAUUUAAAAGAAAACGUUGUUAUUGGACCAUUGAGUCUGUUAAAAAAUUGAUUUGUCGAGUGACAGUAAUAUCGGAAAUCGACGUCAAGUUUUUCUUUCGAUACUGCCAGAUAAUUCUCGGUACGAGGACGAAUAGAAUUUGUGCUGGUUACAUGUACGCGCGGGAAGGAAAUUCGAACGGAAUCGAAGAUAAAAGAAAGUAUAAAAGAUUGUUUGGUGUGUUGGACUGUCCGAAGAAUCAGGGGUGUGCAAAUUUCUUUCCCCAUCGGACCAUGAAAAAACAUAUUGGAAAAGGUACAAAUUGUCGCGCGACAAACUUUCCGUAAACUAGUUAGCAACGGUAACAGUCUACAAUUCUUUAAGCCUAAUCUCUUCGUUAGAUAUUAACUUACAAAUUUCAAAUAUUCUCCAUUUUUCAGACGUUAUUCUUUAAGAUAUUCGUGCACCCCUGGUACGAGUUCGUAACUGAUUUACCAUUGCGUGUCCUUGUAUAAUGCGAUCAUAGAAGUUGACGAGAACAACGGCUAUAGAAAACUAGAUCAUAAAUAACAUGUUCAAUUAACAUCUAUGAAUCACGCGAGGAACUGGUCACCAUUAAGUUUAAGAAAGUGUUUCUGUUGAAUUGUUCGAAAAACAGUGCGUGGAAGUUCGAUACGGUAAAACGUCGUUGGCCAGAAUACUCGAGGUGGAAACAGAUUUCAAACUACGUAAGGAUGAAUUUAAAGCUGAAUUAAUUAAGCUACUAUUUUCUGUAAAGGUGCUGGACAAAUAAAGUUUCGUGGAUGAUAUACAACAAGAUACAAAAGCUUCCUGCCAGUUACGCUCUUCGCUCUGUCUUAAAAGUAGACGCGCGUCUCGAUAAAUAAUAAUUUAUAGCUUGACGGAAGCUUUUGAACCUCAGCGUAUACGUAAAAUAUCAACGAUCAAUAAAGAAAUGUCUAAAAUAUCUAUUUCUGUAAAUACCGUACACCGAAAAGACUAUUCGAUUCAACGCUAAUUAAUAAAGUUGGAAUUAAUGAGAUCACGCUUCGCACAAAUGAUACAUGGAUAACGAUAGAAUCUUAUUAAUUCAGACUCGCCCAAGGUUAUGUCUCAAGAGAAGAAAAGAAUAGCAAUGUGAUGUCGUAUCUCGAAAUUGUAAUUCUGUUCAAAUUCGUGAACGGUGUCAUUUUAUCGCAUCACAAUUGUUAUGUUCUGAAAGGGUUGCUUGAACGAUUAUGGAUCUUGUCGAAUGCUACACACAAUUUGUUCGUGUAAACUUACUGGUGAUCGAGUGUAACAGGACAAUAUAUACACAUACAUAUUCACAUAUUUUAUCGAAAAUUGUAGAGCAGUAGCAAUCUAUGUAACUCUCCCUUGUCGACUAGAGAAAGAUAGCACGAUAUAUUAGAGAUAAAGAAAAAAAAGAAAGGAACGCUAUAUUAAAUCUUUCGCCGACUAACCAUUCAGUGCCGCGAAGCAACUUACUUUAGUAAUUCGUUGUAAUAUUGGGCGAAUCGAAGGCUAUAGUUGAUCGAAAUUGAGCCAUUUUAUGUUUAAACGUUUCAUUUCGGUUUGGCUGACUCGAAUAAUUAAUUAAUCGUUGUAAAUGGUGUAUUUUUCGGUCCUAUAAUCACAGUCAGUCGAAACGGAACAACGCGAAAGAAAUUUUUAAAUAGAAAAUGACUUUUAAAAAUAUUUAACUCGUUGUUUAUUUGACUGACCUGUCGUCAUUGCUUUUAUAGUGUACAGAGUUAACGCGAACACGAAAGAUCCGUUCAAUGUCGAUGUAAAUACGAUGCAUUUGAUUAAACAAAAUUGUACAUAACAAUUGUUUUCGAUAAAAAUUGUAGCUGCUGGUCGAUCUGGUAGUUAAUAUUAAUACAAAGCGAAGAAAAAGAGGUAAUUAGAGGCACUGAAUGCGUUACGAGCGUCGCCCUGGAACAACCUGUAAAAUUGCGCUAGCGUUUAGCCAGAAAUAUUUUGUUUAACGAGGAAGUAACGAAAGAUUGCUGGAGAUUCGACUAAAGAGUCUCUAAAGAUGGAGGAAAUGUUAUUUUUUCUGAUUAUCGAUAACGAAUCCUAGUAAUGCCAUAUUUGUCUCAUUUUCUGUUUCACGCGUGUACGAAAAUUUUCUCGACGGAAGAUGCGUACACCGGUAAAACAUUAGUUGAGACGCUAUUAUUUACAAUUACUUUGUAUUAAUUGUCAUUGAUAUCAUUAUACGCUACGAAUAUGUUGUAAUGAUUAUUGUGUAACACAUGAAUGGCGUUUAAUAGAGUAUUUAUUGAAAUUAA